ACUAUGCAAAUUUCAAUUUUUUAAUAUGUUAGUUGACAGGAACGGAAAUGACUAUCUUUGGUCCAUUCGCUUCCAGCAAAAAUCAACUUUUCCUAGAGUCGCCAUCUAGUGGAAGUGCUUUUAGUAGUUUCUUUUUUUUUAAUACUUCCUAUAUAGGUAUACUUUACCUUUAUACAGAUAAGUAAUAUAACCUUCUUGUUUAUGUUACGGACCCUUAACUACGGGCUUAGAUCAUAGACACUCGUUAUAGGGAUACCAAUAGCAACGCCAAAGAGUAAAGUCACACUAAUAAUGUUACUGAUGUCAUAAUGUCUUUAUCUCCCAUUUUUAUCUUUACGAAUUAAAAAGAACUAUCAAUAUCAAAGCUGUAGAGGUAACACCCUAAACAAGCGCUUCUAUACAAAUACUGUUACUGCAGAAUUAGCAGUUUUCUCUAGUUUAAUUAGAGUAAUUAAAAAUUUAUUCAUAAUAAUCACAAUGCCGGACGCAGUAGCACGGUAUGAGAGAAUGCUCUUUGACUACGAAACAACGAACCUGACGGAUUAUCGUAAACCAGAUUUUGAAUUGCCAAUCUCCACUAAAUAUAAAGAAAAACCACGUUGUCUAGCGAUAAGACCCCCGCCCGUGAAGGACGUACACACACUGAGUGAAUGGAAAGGGCAACCGAUACCUUUCGAUUUGCUGCACCAGCCACGGCCCAUUGUAGGAACUAACCCUUGGCAUGUCCAGAAGAAACACUCAGCCCCCGGCGAUCCGGGGCUGGCGCAUGCAAUAAAAACGCGGCCACGGCUCGUGAUGACGCCGGCUGUGAGCAUGGACGAUAUAGAGGAUCCACGCACCCGCGAGAUCCUCUGCCGGGACAUGUACACGAGCGACGCGACGCACUCUCAAAGGGAAGCUGUAGCGGAAUUUGUCAACGUGCAAGCGCCAUUUCCCAACCACCCCGCACCCGCUAAUCCUGUUAGUUCUAAAAACACUUUUCUAGGUAACCCCAAUAUGUCAAAUAUCCAUAAUGAUGGCCAACGCGAGCUACGUUCGUUAAUUUUCAAAUAAACGAUUUUGGUUUUAAUUUGGGGUAUCUAAGAUUCAUUACAGUAAUCAUGAAUUACGUAUUGAUGACGGAGCUAAGAAAAGAAAAAAGGUAUAAAAUUAAGAUGGUUGAAUAGCUAAUUUCGAGGUUACAUGCAGUAACCUCGGAAUUAGCUAUUUAAUUUUGAUAAUUUUAUAGAAUUUAAUUUUGUAUUCUACAAUACAAUAAGGUUUAAAAUAAAGUGGAGAAAUUUUUAUAACACUUUGGUAUAACCUGACGUGUUGUUGACUGUACUUACCAAGCUGAAAUAGUGACUUUUGAAAAAGCUAAGCAGAAAUCAGACUAAUGUAUACAUGGUUCCUAUUCUUGCCCACCUCGUGCAGGAAGUGAUUGAUUUAUUCUGUAACAUAUAGACGAAGCUGUGAAUAUUCGUUUCCAAAUAAGUGUUCAUUAUUCGAAAUUCGGCGAAUAGUUUUAAAAAAAAAUUAACUUGUUUUAAACUAUAUAUACCUAGACUAAAUAAUUUAUUAUUUAUCAUUAAAAAGAAAACACAUUUAAGAAUUGGACUUUUUGCUAAUAGGACAUUUUGAAACCGUUGGUCAUCUUGGGAAUCGGAUAUUCAGAACAGAAAUGAGAAUAUCUACACAAAAAAUAUGUACCGAGUCCAUUUUUAUAAUAACCCUAUUAUUUUCAGAUACGUCUGCAGAAACUGCAAGCGCCAUAUGUAUCGCCCGAAUGGCGAAUGGAAUCGGUUACUUGGGACAGCAAGCAACUGCGCGGCCACUGCGACCCCACAGAACGGUUCUGGUUGGCAUUCCCGUUACCCAAGUGAGUUUGGUUUAUAAUACUGACACUUGGCGACCAACAACCACUUUGGGGCGAUAAGCCAAGGGAGUAAAGAUAGUUCA